UGGAGUUUACGUCCAUCACAGAUUCAUACUAAUGCUGUCGUGCAACGUGUAGUCUACAUAUCGCGCUUUUUCUCGUCUACAAAUGACAGGGGAGCCAGAGAAUACCUCCGCUCACCGCCGCCCUCGGCAGAUAUCGAUGCAUUACGAAUCACUGCGACUCUGAGUCACUCGAGUACCUCGCAGCUCGACGGCGGGAGUGCAAGAGAUCACCGUCACAAUGUCGUCCCGGAGUGUUUGUACCGGGCCGGUGAUCCAUCGGUGUCGUCUCGCAUAUCGGCUUUGUCGCCGGCCCGAGUAUCGAAUUUCCAGCAUGGCAGUGGCAUGCAUCGGGAAUGCAUAGUAUCGGAUAGAAUACCGUCAAUAUAUGGCAACGGUCUUCUUUCCGGUGCAUGGGUCGGAGAAAGUAUUGGCAAACAGGCGCAGUUCGGGACUGAGCAGCGUCGUGGUUUCCGAGAUUACUUUACGGCCUAUCUUCCUGGGAGCUCCUUACAUCCUGACCCUCCACCGCCAAAAACCAAGAAGCCGGGCCAGGAGGGUGGCAAGGAUGGCGAAAAUGACCGCGCCACAACGACCGUACGGAUUCCACUUCGCUCCGCAAAGCAUCACUUCGGCGCCACCCGGGCACGGGGAACACGUCCGCAAAACGAGGAUAAUUACCAAGCCGGUGUCAUAGAGAUCCCGCCUUUCUCGCAGGUGAGGGACACCGAUCCCAGGCCGGUUGGUGUAGUGCCAGGACACGAGCCAAGUGUAUUCUACUAUGCAGUGUUCGACGGCCACGGCGGGGAUGCGGCCAGUGUAUUCCUCAAGGACUAUCUGCACCGGUAUAUCGAGGAGUCUUCUAAACUAUUCAAUCCCUCGAAUAAAAUUCGUAGCGCAGUUCUUCCCGAAGAACCCCGGCCGAGUCGGGCCGAGGAGACCGACGAGCAACGAGCCGGGCGUGAAAAGCGCGCAGAAAUGCAGAUGGAUCUCGUGAACACGUGGAAAGAUGUGGGAGGUUAUUUCCGGCGGUUCAAGCCCGACUUUGGCGGCUUGCGCGGCUGUGGAUUUAGAGACGGUGAUGGAGGGAUUGAGGCUGUGCUCAUGUAUGCAUUUUUGCGUGCGGAUCAUGACUUCAUCACUGGGACGAGGCCGUGGUUUUUGCCCGCCGAGGAAGGCUCGCAGACUCCCGCCCCACCACCCGGAGAGAAGAUGACGAAGUUCAAGGGCGGUUCAACCGCCAGUAUUGUGUUGCUGUCCCCCUUUACUUCGCAGCCCUACUGGCACCCAUCACAAACAUCAACAAUAGUGACCGCGCACCUAGGCGACACCCGCGCCUUGCUUUGCCGAGUGUCCGACGGCCUGGCUUCCCCGUUAACCACCAACCAUCACCCGUCCUCCCCUUCGGAGUCCGCGCGUCUUCGUCGUUACGCAACCGCCUUCGUCUCGGACGCCUUCGGCGAAGAGCGUUUCGGGAUCCUCGCCAACACCCGUGCUGUCGGGGACGUUGGCCAGAAGCGCCUCGGCGUCACGGCCGAGCCAGACAUCAACGCGCGGCGGCUCGCACCGGGAGAGUACGCGUUCGCCGUGCUGGUCAGCGACGGGAUAAGUGCUGUUCUCGGUGAUCAGGAGAUUGUCGAUAUCGUUAAGGAGUGCAGUACCCCCGAAGAGGCGGCACGGGAUCUGGUCGAGUUUGUGGAUGAAGUUGGUGAGGUCGGGGAUAAUGCCACCGCCCUGGUGAUUCGACUCGGCGGAUGGGAGAAGAGGUGUGAAGGCGGUGAAGGUUGGCAGGGAACCAAGGCGCUGAGAGAGUGGAGAAGGAAUGAGGCCGAUGAGAGGGGUGGACGUGGGAGGAGGAUGUAGAUGCACUCUUUUUUUCCUUUCUUUCUCUUGGACUGUUUGGCUUGCAUACAUACUACAUACAUAGAUGGAAGGGUUGGUUAUUAGAUGACGCGGGGGAAUAUACCAUGUGUACUUAGCAAUGGGUACCUAUUCUACUAUACAAUGAAUGAUACUGAUUCGACAGAGAUGGCCCUCCCAUCCAUCACGCAGUUUUUUGAUGUGAGGCAACACUGCCAUUCCAUGUGGGCUUCUUUCACGAGAUGAAGGAGCCCA